AUGACAGCAGUCGCUCUCGCAGCACUGCUCACUUUACCCGGUUGCGGCGAUGUGAAAGAGACUGCGCAGGCCCUUUCUGUCCAGAAGGUUGCUUCUGCUGGCACCAUUUAUCGAGGCGUCCGACAGCCGAUCGCGAUCGGUCAAUUCGACAACCGUUCAACAUAUCUGCGCGGUAUUUUCUCCGGUGGUACAGAUAUGCUUGGCAGUCAGGCCAAGACGCUGCUCGAGACGGAUCUGCAGCAAACAAACCGAUUCGAUGUUAUGGAUCGUGACAACCUCAGUCAGUUGAAGAAGAAAACGACUGUGGCCUACGCCAAAGUUAAUCUCAACAUCGUUGAUAGCGUGACAUCCCAGGUUGUUUUCUCAACGCAGGGUGCAGGCAACUAUGAGCUUUCAACAAAUGAGGUUGUCGGUUUCGGUUAUGGGUCGAGCUACGAUUCGACGCUCAACGGAAAGGUGCUGGAUCUUGCCAUCCGUGAAGCGGUUAAUCGUCUCGUCGAGGCGAUCGAUACCCAUGCGUGGUCACCAAAUUGA